AAAGAAAAGGAAAUUAUUUUGUGCCUAUGCUUUCAACAUUAUGUUCGACUUGAUUAGCAUAGUCUGCACACAUACUGGAAUUUCGAGAAGGUCGUUCCCGUCUCAAGCGUCAGGCAAUUUAAGAGGGAAAUAAAGCAGUUCACAACCACUAUGACUUCCAACGCCCCUCCGGGGGAGGUUCAGCCUCGAGAGAUCAAAGUGCUGGAAACAGCGGAGGAUAUUCAGCAACGCAGAGAUGAGGUGCUCACUCGCUAUGCAGCUUUCAAGCAGGCCUGCAGUGAUCGAAAGGCCAUGUUGGAAGACUCUCGACGCUUUCAGUACUUCAAGCGAGAUGCUGACGAGCUGGAAAGCUGGAUUCUGGAGAAGCUGCAGACAGCUUCGGAUGAGAGCUACAAGGACCCAACCAAUCUUCAGGCCAAGAUACAAAAGCACCAGGCUUUUGAAGCCGAGGUUGCUGCUCAUGCUAAUGCCAUCGAUGUUCUUGACCGCACUGGUAACCAAAUGAUCAGUCAGGGGCACUUCGCUUCUGAAAUUAUCCAGGAACGACUGGAUGAGCUUCAUCGCCUAUGGGAACUGUUACUGUCCAAGCUGGCUGAGAAAGGUACUAAACUGCAACAGGCUCUGCGUCUAGUACAGUUCAUGCGGGAGUGUCGUGAGGUCAUGUUCUGGAUUGCUGACAAGGAGGCCUUUGUGACAUCUGAUGAAUUUGGACAAGACCUUGAGCAUGUGGAGGUGCUUCAGAAAAAGUUUGAUGAGUUUCAGAAGGAUCUCCAAAACCAUGAAGACAAAGUGUCUGAAGUCAAUAGUUUAGCAGAAAAGCUUAUUACUGAUGGGCAUCCAGAGGAGGAUACAAUCCGCCAAAAACAGCAGGAAGUGAAUGAAGCUUGGCAGCGGCUUCGCCAAUUAUCCCUCUUGAGACAGGAGCGUUUGUAUGGUGCUCAUGAGAUUCAGAGAUUUAACAGGGAUGCCGAUGAAACCAUUGCUUGGAUCCAGGAAAAAGAUGCUGUACUGUCCUCCGAUGACUAUGGCCGUGACUUGGCCAGUGUCCAGGCUCUGCAGCGUAAACAUGAAGGUGUUGAGCGUGACCUGGCUGCACUGGAAGAGAAGGUGGUUGCUCUGAGUAGUGAGUCUGUCCGCCUGCAGGGCAUUCACCAGGACCAGGGUGAACAGAUCAGUGCAAAGCAGGCAGAGAUGGAGCAUAACUGGGAACAGCUCAAGAACAAGGCUUUCGAUCGUAAGUCUCGCCUUGAUGACUCAUACUACCUGCAUCGUUUCCUGGCUGAUUUUCGUGACCUGGUUUCAUGGAUCAGCGACAUGAAGGCAAUUAUUUCAGCAGAUGAGCUGGCAAAGGAUGUUGCUGGUGCAGAAGCAUUGCUUGAGCGUCAUCAGGAGCACAAGGGAGAGAUUGAUGCUCAUGAGGACAGCUUCCAAUCGUGUGCUGAAGCUGGUGAGCACCUGGUGAAAUCAGACCACUAUGCAGCUGAUGAUGUGCGUGAAAAGUUGGCCAUCUUGGAGAGUGAAAAGAGAAGCCUGCUGGAACUGUGGGAAGAGAAACGCAUCCUGUAUGAACAGUGCAUGGACCUGCAACUUUUUGUCAGAGACACUGAGCAAGCCGAUGCUUGGAUGACCAAGCAAGAGGCAUUCCUUGUCAAUGAAGACCUGGGAGAUUCCUUGGACUCUGUAGAAGCCCUCAGCAAGAAACAUGAUGAUUUUGAGAAAUCCUUGGCUGCACAAGAAGAGAAAAUUAAGGCUCUGGAUGAGUUUGCCACCAAACUGAUUGAGGGUGAGCACUACGCUUCAGAUGAUGUGGCUCAGAGACGAGAUCAGCUUUUGCACCGUCGAGACCUUUUGUAUGAAAGGUCAUCCAGGCGUCGCAUGCAGCUGGAGCUUUCGUUUCAAUUCCAGGUGUUUGAACGUGACUGUGAUGAGACCAAGGGAUGGAUCAAUGAGAAGUUGAAAACAGCCUCUGAUGAGAGCUAUUUGGAUCCUACCAACCUUCAAACAAAACUGCAAAAACAUCAAAAUUUUGAAGCAGAGGUGGAGGCAAAUCGUACUCGCAUUGAGUCCAUUCGUGCUGCAGGCAAUGAGCUGAUAGAAAAUGACCAUUAUGCUAAGGAAACCAUCAGUGAGCGAGUAGAGGAAAUCGAGAAGUUAUGGGACCUGCUUCUAACCCAGACUGAAAAGAAAGGUGCUAAACUGUCUGAAGCCUGUCAACAACAGCAGUUCAACAGGAAUGUGGAAGAUGUGGAGAGAUGGCUUAGUGAUAUCGAGUCCUCAUUAGUGUCGGAGGACUAUGGCAAAGAUCUGACCAGCGUACAGAAUAUGCAGAAGAAGCACACUAUGAUUGAAUCAGAUGUGGUAUCCCAUCAGGAUCGCAUGGAGGCACUCAAAUCCCAGGCUCAACAGUUUGCCAGUGGAGAUCACUUUGACAAGGACAACAUUAGCAAAAAAUCACAAGAAGUCGUAGAGCGAUACCUAAAACUAAAGGCCCCUGUGACCCAGCGCCGUCAGAAGUUGCUUGAGGCAUUGAGCCUUCAGCAGUUCCUGCGGGAUGUGGAGGAUGAGGAAGACUGGAUUAGGGAGAAGGAACCUAUUGCUGCCUCCACUAACAGAGGUAUGUCGUGACUGAUUGGAGUUCAGAACCUCAUGAAAAAGCACCAGGCCUUGCAGGCAGAGUUGGCAGGCCAUGAGCCUCGCAUUCAGAAUGUUUGCUCUUCUGGCCAGGCUAUGAUUGGUGAGGGUCAUUUUGCUGUUGACACCAUCUCCGGAAAGAUAAAAGACCUGCAAGACAGAUGGCAGCAGCUGAAGGAUAAAGCAAACCAGAGGAAACAAGACCUGGAAGAUUCUCUUCAAGCCCAGCAGUACUUUGCUGAUGCUAACGAGGCUGAAACUUGGAUGAGGGAGAAGGAACCGAUAGCUGCUAACACUGAUUAUGGCAAGGAUGAGGAUUCAGCAGAGGCACUUCUGAAGAAGCAUGAGGCAUUUAUGUCUGAUUUGGAGGCAUAUCGCAGUGUCAUUGAGGGACUACGGGAACAAGCACAGAGCUGCAAGCAACAGGAGGCCCCAGUCAUUGAUGACUUUGGAACAGAAAAGGUGAUGGCUCUGUAUGACCACACUGAGAAGUCUCCACGUGAGAUCUCCAUGAAGAAGGGUGAUGUGUUAACCCUACUGAACAGCACCAACAAGGACUGGUGGAAAGUGGAGGUAAAUGACCGUCAGGGUUUUGUGCCGGCUGCGUAUGUGAAGAAGCUAGACCCCAGCUUGUCAGCUAGCCGCAACAACCUAAUGGACGAGUUUACCAUUUCUGUUCGUCAGAAUCAGAUAGAGACACAGUAUGCCAACCUCCUUGAUUUGACAAAUCAGCGCUGGGAGAACCUGAGAGAAUCGUGCAAAGCCUACCAGUUGGUACGUGAGGCAGCGGAGCUAGCAGCUUGGAUCACUGAGAAGGAAAAUAUGAUGAUUGGCGAUGAGGUUGGAGAAGACCUGGAGCAGGUUGAAGAAAUGCAGAAGAAGUUUGAUGACUUCCAGAAGGACCUCAAGGCAAAUGAAGCAAGACUGCAGGAACUAAACAACAUUGCUGACCGCCUUACAGCCAUGGGACACACAGAGGCUGCAGAGAAAAUCCGAGAACAGAUCACGCAACUGAAUCAGCGCUGGGUGACUCUGCAGCAAGUAUCUGCUGAGCGUGCACAGACUUUAGGCAGCGCCUUUGAAGUUCAGCGCUACCACCGAGAGGCAGACGAAACCAAGGACUGGAUUAGAGAAAAGGAUACUGCCCUCAAUAAUGACAACUAUGGGUCUGACCUUGCCAGCGUUCAGGCCUUGCAGCGCAAACAUGAAGGUGUGGAGCGGGACUUGGCUGCUUUGGGUGAAAAGGUUCGUGACCUUGACAACAAUGCUCAGCGCUUGAUGCAGACCCACCCUGACCAGGCGGAGAGUAUCUAUGAACACCAGACAGAGAUCAAUGAAAUGUGGAACUCCUUGACAAUCAAGGCUGAUGCCCGCAAAGGAAAACUGCUCGACUCGUAUGACCUACAGCGUUUCCUUUCUGACUACCGUGACCUUACUUCUUGGAUCAACAGCAUGAUGACCCUGGUUUCUUCUGAUGAGCUGGCAAAGGAUGUGACAGGUGCCGAAGCUCUGCUUGAGAGACACCAGAUGUUCAGUUCCGAAAUUGUCAGCCAUUAUGGAAUUUCCCCGUUGGCAGAGGACGAGGAGGAAGAGGAGGAGGAGCAUCGCACAGAAAUAGAUGCCAGGGCUGGCACUUUCCAAGCCUUUGAGCUUCUGGGACAGCAGCUGUUGCAGAACCAGCACUAUGCUAGCGAUGAUGUACAGCAGAAGCUGGAAGAACUGGCCAAAGCACGAGAAGAGCUUGAGCAGGCCUGGAUAGUACGACGCAUGAAGCUAGACCAGUGCUUGGAGCUUCAGCUCUUCUACCGUGACUGUGAACAGGCUGAGGCAUGGAUGGCAUCCCGCGAAGCGUUUCUUGCUGGGGACACUGUGGAUGGGGACAACGUGGAAACUCUAAUCAAGAAACACGAAGACUUUGACAGGGCCAUCAAUUCUCAGGAGGAGAAGAUCAAUGCCCUCCAGCAGUUUGCUGAUCAGCUGGUCACAUCCAGUCACUAUGACUCACCUGCCAUUCAAGAUAAGCGUGACCAGGUGCUUGACCGGUGGUCAAAGUUGAAGGAUGCCCUAAUUGACAACCGCUCUAAGCUGGGUGAGGCACAGACUCUCCAGCAAUUCUCACGGGAUGCUGAUGAGAUGGAGAACUGGCUCCAGGAGAAACUGCAGAUUGCUAUGGAUGAGUCCUACAAGGAUCCCUCUAACAUCCAGAGCAAGUUCCAGAAGCACCAGGCUUUUGAGGCGGAACUGGCAGCUAAUGCUGAUCGUCUGCAGGCUCUACUGGGUACAGGACAGAACUUGAUUGACAGGCGCCAGUGUGCGGGGUCAGAGGAUGCAGUUCAGGCACGCCUUGAGUCCCUUGCUUCCCAGUGGGAAGAGCUGGUUGCCAAAUCCAGCGACAAGAGUGAGAAAUUGAAAGAAGCAUCUAAACAGCAAACAUACAAUGCCGGUGUCAAGGACAUUGAGUUCUGGCUUGGAGAGGUGGAACAGAUGCUGAGUACAGAGGACCACGGUAAGGACCUGGCAUCCGUGCAGAACCUGCUUAAGAAGCAUCAGCUAAUGGAAGCUGACAUUACUGCUCAUGAGGAUCGUAUUAAGGACCUGAACAGUCAGGCUGACCAGUUUGUGGAAGCUCGCAUGUGGGAGGCUGAGUCCAUUAAUGAGCGUAAACGUACCAUCAAUGAGCGCUAUGAGAAGAUUAAGGAGUUGGCCAUGCACAGACGUAAUCGUCUGAAUGAGGCUAACACAAUGCAUCAGUUCUUGAGAGACAUUGAUGAUGAAGAAGCUUGGAUCAAGGAAAAGAAGUUGUUGGUUGGGUCUGAUGACUAUGGCCGUGAUCUGACUGGUGUUCAGAACCUGCGCAAGAAGCACAAACGCUUAGAGGUGGAAAUUGAAAAUCACGAGCCUUCUAUUCAGAGUGUGCAGGAAACAGGUGAAAAACUGAUGGGGGAGUCGGACAUAGGAGCAGCUGACAUUCGCUAUCGUCUGGACCAACUGGCUAUUAGUUGGGAGGAGCUGAAAGAGAUGGCAGCCACCAGAGGUCAGAAGCUGGAGCAGUCGUAUGCCUUCCAGCAGUUCAGUGCCAAUGUUGAGGAAGAAGAGUCUUGGAUCUCUGAGAAACAACACUUGCUUUCAGGUGGUGACUUUGGUGACACAAUGGCAGCCGUGCAGGGUCUGCUGAAGAAACAUGAAGCUUUUGAAACUGACUUCCAGGUUCACCGCGACAGGUGCACAGACAUUAAGAGAGAAGGACAGAGGCUUAUUGAUGAGGGCAACCAUAAUGCAGACAGCAUUUCGCAGCGCAUAGCUGGCUUAGAACAAAAGCUGUCUGAACUAGAAGGCGUUGCUGGACAGCGACGGGGUGGGCUGGUGGACAACUCUGCCUUCCUGCAGUUUAUGUGGAAGACGGAUGUUGUUGACAGCUGGAUUGCUGACAAAGAGACUCAGGUGCGAUCUGAGGAUUUCGGACGUGAUCUGUCCUCUGUACAGACUCUUCUUACCAAACAGGAAACUUUCGAUGCAGGCCUUCAGGCCUUUGAGAAGGAAGGCAUUCAGACCAUCACUGCCUUGAAAGACCAGUUAGUGAAUUCUAGACAUGCCCAGACACCUGCGAUUGAGCGCCGCUACAACGAUGUUAUCGCCAGAUGGCAGAAAUUGCUAGCUGACUCGGAAGGUCGCCGCCAGAAACUUCUGCUUCUGCAGGAACAGUAUCGCCAGAUUGAAGACUUGUACCUCACCUUUGCCAAAAAGGCAUCUGCUUUCAACUCGUGGUUUGAGAAUGCUGAGGAGGACCUGACUGACCCCGUUCGAUGCAACUCUGUGGAAGAAAUCAGGGCCCUGCGGGAAGCUCAUGAUCAAUUCAAGGCAUCAUUGAGUGCCGCUCUGGCUGACUUUAACCAGCUGGCAGCACUUGACAAGCAGAUCAAGGCCUUUGAGGUUGGACCCAACCCAUACACAUGGUUUACCAUGGAUGCUCUGGAAGAGACCUGGAAGAACCUGCAAAAAAUUAUCAAGGAGCGGGAUACAGACCUUGAUCGCGAAGAGCGCAGGCAGGAGGAGAAUGACCAACUGCGCAAACAGUUUGCCCACGCUGCCAAUGCUUUCCAUUCAUGGCUUACUGAUACCAGGGCUGCCAUGAUGGAAGGCUCUGGGUCAUUGGAGGAGCAAUUAGAAGCAACAAAGCGUAAAGCCACUGAGGUGAGGGCCCAGAAGGGACAGCUGAAGAAGAUUGAGGAUCUGGGUGCAGCCAUGGAAGAGAGACUUAUCUUGGACAACAGGUACACAGAGCAUAGUACAGUGGGUCUUGCCCAGCAGUGGGACCAGCUCGAUCAGUUGUGUAUGCGUAUGCAGCAUAACCUGGAGCAGCAGAUAGAAGCAAGGAACCGCAGUGGUGUAUCUGAGGAUGCCCUGAGAGAGUUCAGCAUGAUGUUCAAGCACUUUGACAAAGACAAGAGUGGCCGGCUGGAUCACCAAGAGUUCAAGUCCUGUUUGCGUGCACUGGGUUAUGAUCUCCCAAUGGUGGAAGAAGGUCAAGUUGAUCCAGAGUUUCAAGCCAUCCUUGAUCUAGUAGACCCCAACAGGGAUGGCUUUGUCUCCCUGCAAGAGUAUAUGGCCUUCAUGAUCAGUCGUGAGACGGAGAAUGUCCAGUCCAGCUCUGAAGUAGAGCAGGCUUUCAGAGCUCUUACAUCUGGCGAAAAGCCAUACAUCACUGCUCAAGAACUAUAUGCAAAUCUUACAAAAGAACAAGCAGACUACUGCAUCAGCCGCAUGAAACCAUACAUGGACAAAACUGGGCGAACCAUACCAGAUGCAUAUGACUAUGUGGACUUUACUCGGCAGUUAUUUGUCAACUGAUAAAAUUUGUUCAUCCAAACUGUCUACAUGUUUUUUCUUACAUAUUUUUUUCCUUAGAUCUGAGAGAUUGUGCACAGCACUUGUAAUCUGUGUUAUUUUACGAAAAGAAGGAAAAGAAAUUGCCGAAAAAAGCUGCUGAGUUAUGUGCUUCAAUGUCUCUGCUCAGAUAGUGUUAAAUGGUUGUGAGAUUCAGGUUUUACACAAUUAUGUUUGUGGGAUUUUUUUUUGCUCGUGAUUUUUCUUUUCUUCUUGAACUGUUCAUAUAUUUAGCUUAUGAGAUACAUUUCCUCCCCUAUCUGAUCCAAGUGUUGUUCGGAACAUUGCAUCUGCUUUCUUUCAUUCAUAGGGUGCCUAGGAAAGGAGGGACAAUAUAGUUAAAUUUACAAUACAAAUAUUACACAACCAUCUUUUAAAUUUUCUAAUAUGGCCGUAAAAUCAUUUGCUGAGAGACUACUAAAGACUUGAUAUGAACAAGGACAGUAUGAGAAGACAAUUUGGUUAAAUUUGCAGAGUAAAGUCAAGGAGAUAAUGAAAGUGAUGUGUGUAAUGAGUUACAUAAACACCUUUUUUAGGACUAAAUUAGAUUUUGAUUGUCUGCAUCAUCAAGCAAGACAAAUGGAAAGCAUUUUCUACUUUCCACAACACUGUUGUGGUUUGGACUAAUAUCAGCCUUUUGGGUGUGGGUUUUACUUCUCAUCCUUAAAUGCCAUUACACCACAUAACCUAUUGUCUGCAGCGCCUAUGUGUGUGCUAGUUCCCUUCUGCAAUUCUCUGUGCUGUCUGCAAAAGUGGACUUACUGUCAGUUAAUCUUUUGAUGUCAACAUUAAAAUAAAACAAUUAAAUCGACGCUAAACUGGAUGCAUUAUAAUUUGUGCAUAAACCUUUAAUUUGUUGCUUUUAUAUUGAUUGGUAAAACUGCAUGUUAAAGGUCAAUGCUAUGUUAAUGCCGUAUUUUGUAGUUUUGUACCCCUUUUAAAGAUGUUUUGGAUGCUAAAGUGAUCAAAGUACGUUAGUUAUUGUCUGAAAAAGACAUCAAUUAUUUAAAAAAGAAGUGAAAAAGAUUUCACUUGCAAGAGGAAGUGACUCUGAAAUUGGAGUUUUGGAAAACUUUUGGAAAACAUUGACAAUGUUGCUCACAAUUCACAAACUUUACUCUCUCGGUAGGUGGUACCUGCUAAAUGACUCAUACUUGCAUGGACCAAAAUUAUAAUAAUAAUCCUCAUUAUCAAAGCAAUGAAUUGUUAAUUGCAGACAAGAGCGGUUUCCAUUUUUGAUCUGUAAUUAGAGUAAUAGUCUAAUUAUUAGUUGUUUCUGUGAAUUCACUCUGCGUACGUACACAUUUUUUUCUGUGUAGCUUGCCUCCUGCCAUACUCUCCUUUUUGGAUUAGACACAAGAUGAGUAGUUUAUGUAAGUUCUGAAUAAACGCUUGAAAGAAA